GUUGAUCUCUUUGAUUUCGGUGGCCGGUGGCCUUAAAGUCGCCGCCGGUCGCCACUAUUCUUUCCUCGGUUCGCUUGGCUCCUCCUCUUAGCCUCUUCGCCGUUAUCGCUGCUCUUUGCUCGGUUUUUCUGGAUUCUCGCAGGUCGUUCCCGGCGAGUCUAGUGUCCAUAUCCCCUAUGGAGUUUCCGCCGAAGUAUGACAGGUAAGGAGCCUUUGAUUGCGCCCUCUUCGGCUCGUCGAACUCAGAUCUUGGUAGAAUCUAGCCGCAACAGCCGACCGAAAUUUCGAGCUGUCGCUGUUUCCUCUUUCCUCCGCCUCGCUCUCUCGGGUUGCUCCAACGUUUUUUUGAGCUUCUCUACUCUGUACUGAGAAUUGAGUAAACGCAUUUGAUCUCUUGACGGCAAUCCAUGUCGUCUUUCAGUCGGAUCCUACGGGUUCUGAAGACUCUUUUCUUCACUCGUUUGCCUGAUUUUGAGGAUUCACUCUUUUCUUCACUCUUUUCUCCAAAACGAAGUCUCCGGGUGAAGAUCUUUGGCCUCUUUUGAUGUCUGCGCUUCAUCUUCCCCGAGAAUCCUCUAGGGGGUGUUGCCGGAUUAGGGGUUUUAAACAUCUGUCUGCUUGCGAGUCUAUCCAGUUUCUACCAAUAGCGUUGUCUUCUCUUGUGCGUCAUUUGAUCUCUCCCCUGUGGUCUUCUAGUAAAAUAUUAGGAGUCGGCUUCAUCAAGCUCGCCAUCCUCCUUCUUGGUGCUUCGUGGAGCUUACUGCGGCUUUAAUAUUUUUUGCAAGUCUGCCAGCAAUUAAAGCCUUUGCGUCUUGGAGUAAAUUUGAUGUCUUUUGAAUCUUUAUUUUAGCUUUGCUCUAUCAGACAAAUGAUGACUUAAUAAUGUUCCUAUGAUGAUGAAUGAUGGCUGAGUGUGUUCGGGCCAAAAUAUUAGUUCUGAAUUUCCUUUGGAAAGCUAUCUUUAUCAUACUUAAACUUGUAGCUUUUCUUGACGUACUGGGGUUGGCUUCUGCCUAGCUGCUUGUCUUUGUGAACUUUUCUUUGGUUCAUCUGCAACUAAAUCUCUUGUAUGGAGUGUUUGUCCCCAAUCUUGGGUGAGAUUUUGCGUCCUAUGUGUGACUCAUUGUGCUCCCGGGUCGUUAAUGCCACAAGGUUCAAAUCAAACGUCCAGGCUCUUAACAAUGUGAUGGAGAGAUUAGUUGAGCUUAAGGGCAACAUAAAUGAAGACCACAAAGAUGAACCCUUUGGACUCAAGCUAAUGGGGUGGCAAAGAAAUGCUGAAGAGGUUAUCAUUAAAGCAAGGUUGAAACUUGAGGAACAGGUUUCAUGUUGUAUGUCCUUGAAAUCCAGGCUGAGCAGGAAACUCUUCACGAUUCUCACGGAAGCUAGAAUGCUCGAAAAGGAAGGUUUAGAUCUUUUAGACAUGAUAGCUGUGGCUACUGCACAUGAAAGAGUUGAACAUGUUCCAGGAAUUUCGGUACUUCAUCAAAAAACGGCUUCAGAUAUGUUACGUAAAAUCACAAAUGGUUUGAGGAGCAGUAAGGUUCAGAAGAUUGGUAUUUGGGGUAUGGGUGGCGUAGGGAAAACGACAUUGGUGAGAACGUUGAACAAUAAGCUUCAGAGACAGGCUGCUACGCAACCAUUUGGCUUGGUGAUCUUUGCUACAGCAUCCAAAGACUUUGAUCCGAGAAUGGUCCAAAAGCAGAUCGCUGAGAGAUUGGAUAUCGACACCAGGAUUGAAGAAACUGUAGAGAGGCUGGCAAGAAGGAUCUAUGUGAGGCUUGAGAAAGAGACCAAUUUCCUUCUCAUUCUUGAUGACGUGUGGAAAGAUAUUGAUUUAGAUCUUCUGGGCAUUCCACGAACAGAAGACAAGAAGGAUUCAAAAAUCAUUCUCACUUCCAGGUUUCUUGAAGUCUGUCGUAGCAUGAGGACAGAUCUUGAUGUUAGGGUGGAUUGCUUGUGCGAAGAAGAAGCAUGGGAACUGUUUUGCCAGAAUGCAGGAGAGGUUGCGAGAUCAGAUCUUAUUAAUCCCAUUGCAAAAGCCAUUUUACUUGAAUGUGGCGGGUUGCCCUUGGCUAUCAUCACAGUCGGGACAGCUUUGAGGGGAAAGACAAAUGUCAAGUUGUGGGAACACGCCUUGAAUCAGCUAAGUAGAUCGGUACCUUGGAUCAGAAGCAUUGAAGAGAAGAUCUACCAGCCUUUGAAACUGAGCUAUGACUUCUUGGAAGGACAGGCAAAAUCUUGUUUUCUUCUCUGUGCUUUAUUUCCUGAAGACUUCUCUAUUGAAGUUACGGAGCUUGUGAUGUAUUGGAUCGCGGAAGGAUUCAUGGAGGAACAAGGUUCCCACGAGGAGUCCUUGAACGAAGGAAUCACAAUUGUGGAGAGCUUAAAGGACUACUGCCUGUUAGAAGAUGGUUCUCGCAGUGAAACAGUUAAAAUGCAUGAUGUUGUCAGAGAUUUUGCAAUAUGGAUUAUGUCUUCCUCACAAGAUGAUUGCCAUUCCCUUGUCAUGUCUGGUACAGGUUUGCAAGAGAUUAGACAGGACAAAUUUGCUCCUUCUCUUCGAUGGGUUUCUUUGAUGAACAAUAAGCUCGAAAGGCUUCCUGGUCUCCCAGAAGAGUACUGCAGGGAAGCCUCAACCUUACUGCUACAGGGAAACUGUCUUCUACAAGAAGCAUCGGAGGUGUUCUUGCAAGCAUUCUCAGCUCUUAGGAUCUUGAAUCUAAGUGGGACACGCGUGAGCUCCCUGCCCCAUUCUUGUUUGCAACUUUACAACCUUCAUUCUCUCUUCUUAAGAAGAUGUGCUAUUCUUAUAGACCUACCUUCUCUAGAAACUCUUACCAAACUUGAGCUACUGGAUCUACAUGGCUCCCAUAUCGAGGAAUUCCCAAAAGGGCUAGAAAAGCUGGAGAGCUUUAAACACCUUGAUCUUUCACGAACAUUUCACCUCAAAACUAUUCCAGCUAGAAUUGUUUCGCGGUUAUCAAGUUUGGAGACACUAAACAUGAAAUCAAGUAACUACCAUUGGAGUGUAGAAGGAGAAGAACGAGAAGGAGAAGCAACAGUUGAAGAGCUUGCCUGCCUUGAAUGUUUACAGGUGCUGUCCAUAAGUCUUAUUUGUUCGCUGUCUUCUCUAACGAAGAGCAACUCUUGGAUCCAAAGAUUAAAGAAAUUUCAACUUGUUGUGGGCUCCGACAACGUUUUGCCUAAGAGACACGAUAAGAGGAGGCUAUCAGUAGGUAAUCUCAACUUAUCGCAAGUAUCCCUGGAGUGGCUCUUUGCUUAUACAACCUCUGUAGCACUGAACCGUUGUCAAGGGCUCCAAGAAAUGAUGAAGAAAUUGGUCACUGGCAGCAAGAUAUUCGUGAAUUUGAAAUCUCUUACGAUUGUGCACGCUAGCAUCAACUUGAGUGGUGGAAUAGAGAAGGCAACCACCAAAAAUCCAAAAGGAUCCUCAACAACUCGAGACAUACUUCCAUUUCUGGAAGAACUUUGUCUGGUCGGAGUUAACUUGGUAUCCCUUUCGGAAUUACAAGCACAGCUAGGGUUGAGAUUGGUUGCUCUUAAACGACUUGAGGUCAGCAUGUGCCAUGGACUUACGAGACUUGGUGGGAUCAAGUUCACUAUGCCAAACCUGGAGGAGAUAGAGAUUAGCUACUGUGACAUCUUGCGUAAUCUACGCCAAAAUGGUUCACAAAAACCUCUCCUACCAAAGUUACGUGUCAUGAAACUGAGAAAUCUUCCAUGGCUGGAGAGUGUUUCCAACGAAAACGAGACUUGGGAGUGUCUUGAACAGGUGGAAAUCAUAAACUGUCCUGCUCUGUAUAAUUUACCCAUAAGUUCCAAAACUUGUGGAAGAAUCAAGGAAAUAAAAGGAGAUGUGAGUUGGUGGAAACGUUUGAGAUGGGAUGAUCCUUCCACUUUAAAAACUCUUGAUCCUUGUUUCAAAGUUGGUGAAGAAAUGACACCCACUUUUAGGUCCAAAGAUUUGUGGGACAGUUGAUAAAGAAUCCAGGUCCUUCAUCCCAGGAGCAGUACUGUCUUUUCUUUUCUCUGUGUUCGAAUACUUCAAUUGUGGAUGUGCAAAACUAUCUCUUGUUUAUUUGGGUGUCUUUCCUUUGUUCGAGUCUUGAAAGUCUGAGUGUGCAAAACUAUUUAUCAACAAUGUUACGUUUUUGGAUACCUUCUGGUUCAUAACUUUAGUGUUUAAAAGAAUAAACUUCAAGCCACGGCAAUAAGUCAACAAAAUAGAGUAUUACAGUACGAAUCCAUAAAUCAGGUAAGCGUCUGGAAAUAAAGAGAAACAUAUUCUUAUAUUCACACAACAGAAACAAAGUAUCAUUUGCAACUACUACACCCACAGCUGUUGUGUAAUCGUAAUCUACUAUCAUUGCAUGUUCCCUCUGAUCUCAAACCAUUAUCCAGUGUCAUCAGGCUUUGUCACUUACGAUCUCCUAAUCUUCAUCGGUAGGCUUAGAGGAACCAGCCUUCUUAUUGGGGAGAAGAAGAUUAUGAAUAUUAGGCAUCACUCCUCCAUUAGCAAUCGUCACAUCUCCAAGCAACUUACUCAACUCCUCAUCGUUCCUCACAGCAAGCUGAAUAUGUCUAGGCACAAUCCUCGUCUUCUUGUUAUCUCUCGCCGCGUUCCCCGCUAGCUCAAGCACCUAUAAAAAAACCCAUCACAAUACCAAAUUAAAAAAUAAAAUAAAAAACCAAUCUUUACAAAUCCAUC